AUGGAUUAUAUUGAAUACAAAGAUGCUAAAUUCAAGUUUAUUGGAUAUCGUAAACAUUUUUUUCGAGAUAAAAAAUAUUAUAUCAGUGUAUUCUAAGAUUAUUUUACAAUGGGCAGUGUAUAAAGUAUAUUGAAAUAUUUAGUCUUAAGAUACUUAGUCCCCAAAAUAUAAAAUCUAUUUUCAACUCUCAAUAAAGAUAAAUUGGGUCUUGAAAAAGUAAAAAGAUGGAGUUUAUUUAUAAUCCUUCGUUUUUCCCUACAAUAAUUAUUUUAAGACUUUGUGUGCUGAUCAUUAAGAUUUGGUUAGGUAGGAUAAAAUAAUAUUAUAGAUUUAAAGAAAUUUUAGGAUUAAAAGUUACAUUUGAAGGUAUUGGAGAUAUUUAUAUACCACUUUUGCAAAUUGGUAAAGGAAGUUCAGCAAAAGUAAAUAUUUGUUGAUUAUGUAGGUAUAUAGUGCAUAGAAUGUUAUCAAUUCAAAAGUUUAUGCUAUUAAAGCUAUUGAAAAAUCAUUUUUGAAUUAGACUGAGAAAGGCUCAGGAUUAGUACUAAUCAUUAGUUAAAUAUUUAUAGGCAGCCUAUAAUAUGGAAAUUUCAAUUCUCAAAAUUUUAUCUCCUCAUUCAUCUAACUUUUUAAUUUUAAGAGAGAUUUAUGAAGGGGACCAUACUUAUUACUUAGUGACUGAAUAUCUAGAAGGUUAAUGUUUAAGUGAAGAAAUAGAAAGAGCCAAAGUAAUUAAUUAUUUUAAAGAUUAGGGACUUCCUGAUAAGCGUUUACCUAUUUAAUUUAUUAAAAUUAUAAUGGCAUAAUUAUUAUAAAGUGUAGCAUUAUUGCAUUCCUAUAAAGUAUAUUCUCAAUAAGUAUUUUUAGAUAAUUCAUAGAGAUUUAAAACCAGAUAAUUUAAUGUUUGCAAGAAGAAAUGAUUAUUAUUCUUUAGUUCUUGUUGACUUUGGUUUAGCUACAAAUGAAACUUUAGAUAAGUAUCUUAUCUUUUUUUAAAUUAGAUAUUUAUUUCCAAGAUGUGGAACUCCAGGUUAUGUAGCUCCUGAAGUCUUAACAACUAAUAUUGGUAGCAAAUACACAACAAAAGUGGAUAUUUUUAGUUGCGGAUGUAUUCUCUAUAAACUUUUGACUGGAAGGAGUAUUUUUACUGGAAAGACUUUUGAUGAAAUUUUAAGAGCCAAUAAAAAAUGUGAAAUAGACUUUUAAUUGCCAUUAGAUAAACAAUAUAUUACAGAAGAUUCAAUUGUAGUUAUUAUAUAAUAAUCUAAAUUAGAAUUUACUAACUUUAUUGUUGAAGAAAGAUCCAAAACUGAGAAUAAGUGCGAGAAAGGCUCUUUAUCAUGCUUUUUUUGAUUAAAUUAGUGAUUACAGUACUUAACUGUAAGCAUCACUUAUUUCAACGAUGAAACAGAAUAAUGGGAAUUUUUCUAUUUAAUGUGAAGAAAUAUUAUCAUAAUACAAUUUAUAAGAAGACAUAAUAAAUUCUGAAAUUGAAGAUAAGGAUUAAAAUUAAUUUUAAAUUCCAAAGUUAAAGAAGUGUAAUUAUAUGAGUGAGUUGCAAUCCCCAAAAGGAGUAUUUCAAUUUUAUCAGAAAGAACCUUUUUCUGUAAUAAAGAGUAGUAAAUUGGUUGAUUUGGCAAGUCCUAGAGGUGAUUUUGUUGAAGGAAUCAUAGAAUGA